AUGUCUACUCCAAGUCUGACGAAUGCCCAACAAGUUAGAGACUUUGUCGAGACAAAACACGACAAGCCAUAUGAUACUAUUGACCCGAAGAAGGCAAAACUACCUGAAGGAUUUGUCGUAUGCAUAAUCGGCGCUGGAGGAGCUGCGGGUUCAGGGCUGGCAAGGUCUUUUGCUCAAGCCGGUGCCGCCGGCAUGAUCGUCGCUGCGCGCUCGCAAAAGACGUUGGAGGCAACAACCAAUGAGGUUGGUGAUAUUAAUGCAUUGAUCAAGGUUGCUUCUGUGGCGUGCGACAUUACUUCCGAUGAGAGUGUAGCCAAUAUUGCUUCAACAGUCAAGAGCCAGUUCAACGGGAGACUAGAUGCCGUGUUCGUCAAUUGUGGGUUCUCAGGUCCUCUUUCAAAGGCUACAGUCCUUGAAGAAGACUUUGAGGACGUGCAAAAAGCCUUUUCCACACACUGCUUAGGAACAUGGCUUGCCGCGCAUCACCUUUUGCCCUUCCUUCUUGAGACCAAAGGCAGUUUUAUCGUCAUCAGUUCCAUCUCAGCUCAAAGUCUUAUCGGCUUCGGCACGACAUCCCACUAUUGUACGAGCAAACUUGCCCAAGCUCGUAUGAUCGAGAUGUUACAUGCCCAGUACGCGGAUAAGGGCAUUUUUGUUGCUAGUGUGCAUCCCGGUGGAAUGCAGAGCGAGUUCUCGAGGGCAGCAUCCAAGGAUAUUCAGCACCGUGAGUUAUCUCCAAGACUUGAGCCCAGUUAA